GCCAAAGCUAGGAGCCAUAGCGAUUUUACUCUUUUUUCAAAUGACCUUAUCACUUACGUACCUAGGUAUAUUAUACGUGUGUAUUAUGGAAUAUCAAAUGGUUGUUGGUGUGUGGAUGUGCAGCUUAGCCAAGCCUUCGACUCGGAUGCCGAGAGUCGGAUCUUUCCUUUCUCCCACAUGGCCUCGAGCAAUCUACCCUCAAGAUUCCUCAUCUAUCCCUUAGAUACCUAAGCUAAAGACCGUUGAGAGGACCAUAACAGCCAUGUCUUUAACAAUUCUUUCAGACGAUCAGAUUUCCGACCUACUGGAAACUCUUACUCAAGAAGAAGCCCGAGGAUUUAUCGACACCCUGAGAAAUGCUCUUCGCGAGUAUUCAACAGGUACACAGUCCAUAAAAGAUGGCACCGUUCAUCAACCCGAGCGCAUAUCAGUACACUCCAAUACUACUGGCGCGACUACGCUCUUUAUGCCUUCCAUUAGUUCACUUGGCCAUGCUGUAAAAGUCGUGACUUUGUCGGCACCAUCAGCAGACAAGCUGGUAGAUACAGCGUUGCCGGCUAUCCGACCUACCGGAUCCGUAACCCUCUAUUCUCCUCAAGGAUCUCCUAUAGGCUUCCUCCACGCGAAGACCCUUACCGCUUUCCGAACCGCGCUUGCUUCCUCCUGUCUCAUCGUUAAGCGCGCCUCGGUCCGAACCCUUGUCGUGUUUGGGUCGGGGUUACAAGCUUAUUGGCAUAUGCGCUUAGCAUUGAUGCUGCGAGGUGAUGGCAUUCGCCAUGUAUACAUUAUCAAUAAGACGUUCAGCGAAAGCGCCAAAGAAACCUUUAAGAAGAUACAUGGAAUUCCCCAGAGCAUCAAACAACGUGAGGGAUGGGAGCAGACGGAGUUCGGCCUCCUAACUCCUAGCUACAGGGAAUAUGAUCGACUACUAAAGGAGCACUUGAGGGCGGCAGAUGUCAUCUACUGUUGCACGCCUAGCACCGUAGAUUUAUUCGAGGCCAGCAUACUGACAAGUCACGAAGGCCGUAGGAAGGGUAGGUUGAUCAUUGCGAUAGGGAGCUAUACAAGGUAUAUGCGUGAGCUGCCUCGAGAGCUGUUACUCCAGGCCACCAAGAGCAAAACCUCCGGACAUCAUUUUCAUAAACACGCAAUUGAAGGUGGGGUUAUUGUUGUGGACACUCUGGACGGGGCAUUGAAAGAGGCGGGUGAGAUUAUCGAAGCAGGCUUGCAGCCUAACCAACUCGUCGAACUCGGUGAGCUGGUCAUGAUUCAUAGACUGGCAAAGGAAGAGGAGGAAUCGCUGAUGUCUCAGAGUUCUGCCGAAACCUCUUCCAUCAAUGAAUCUACUGAAAGCCUCGCAUCACCCGGUUCAACUCUUGCCGGGUCCGAAUCGGGUAACUCGGUGCCGGGCAACGAAAGUAGGCGCUCCUCGUCGCGCAGCCCGAGCCGGAAGGGCAGUAGCCUUUCCUUACCUUUUCACCAUAGGCGAAGUUCGAGUCAGGGGCCCGUAGAUGAGCAGCGGCAUAAGCAGCACAAGUCGGGACAUGACCACCAACUGGCGCGUUGGCUCUCAGUCGGAAAUGUCAUCUAUAAGAGUGUGGGACUAGGACUCAUGGACCUCGUAGUCGGAUUCGAGGUCGUGCGAUUAGCACAAGAAAGGGGGCUGGGCAGUCAUGUCGAGGGAUUCUCUUAGGGCGAGGAUUGUAGACCGUUAGCGCCCAUUUUCGAUGAUUUGGAGUCGUCUACGUUCCCUCGGGGCUCGUCUCGGCAUAAAAGAGAGGCAUGGGAAUAGUGAAUUUGAUAUGCAUCAUGUGGUUGAAUGACAUAUUCCCAAUGUAUUUUAGAGAUGGAUGGCAACGAAUCUUAUAGUAAUUGCAUAUUCAUAUAAAUAUACUAAACG